AUGUCCCAGUCUGCAGAUUCGGCCGAGAUCAGAUCAGCAUACAAAAAAAUAGCUUUGGUCAAGCAUCCGGACCGUCAAAUACAUGUGCCCAAUGCAAAGGCCGAAUUCCAACUACUUAAAGAAGCGUACGAUCACCUUUAUGAUCCCGAUAUGCGCCAAGAAUACAACAAACUAUACCAAUCAACGAUACUUCCAGGGCGAAUUAAGGAUCAGAAGAUAGCAGGGCUAAAGAAACAGCUUCGACAGCAGGUGUAUAAGCGCAGGGAGGCAGAAUUCGUUCUAGCCAACGCAAAAAAGGAUCUGAUCAGACUACACGCUGAGAGAGACAGUAAAAAGGGAGAGAAAGAACGAAUGAUGAGGGACAGGGCUACCGAGGAGACAUGGUUUCUAAACUCAUGGAUCAAUUACUUCUUUCUGCCAGGCAAGGCUGCAAAAAUUGCACAACGGAAGCAACAACAAGAGUCCGACAUCAAUACGCUGAUUGGACAACAACGUACAAAAGAGAAGAGUAUUUAUCUCAAAUUGAAGGGAAAUGAAAACUUCACGGCGAGGAUUAAUUCUGCUUAUGCUGCUGAGAGCAAGAUCGAAGCAGACAUACGAAAGAUCGAAGAGGACUGGCUCGAAAUGAUUAAGCGACAGGAAAUGGAAAGAUUGCUUGCAGAAAGGAGAGAGAAAAGCCGUCAGGCAUAUUGGACUUGGUCCUCAACCCAGACAAAUUCCACAGGAGCAAAUAGCUAUUUUCAUCAGUCAAAUGCUUCGGAGUUCUAA